ACACGGUCCAGUAGAAUCUGUUUCAGAUGAACUUAACUGUAGAAGAUGACCACCUCUCAGGAGAAAUUUUCCGAACAAGGGAACACAAAGCAGAUUUAGUGGAUCCUAGGAGAGCUUGCCGCACGAGAAAGUGAGAAGGCGGAGCUACCCGAAGAUUCCAAAUAAAUAGAGAGAUCUUUCCAACAGAGUACCAUUCUUUGCUGACAGGUGGAGCUUCUUGAAAGUCUAGAAUACUGCUUAUCAAGGUUUUAACAAUGAAAAGAUUAGCGUGUUUGUGUCUUCUGGUUUUCCUAUUCAUGCUGGUUCCAUCUUGCGAGAAUGCGUCUCUGAACCGACCUGAGAACUACCAAGGAAACACCACUGUAGAAGAUUUAAGUAAAGUGGAGGACACAGAAAAUGUUCCUGAAAAUGAAGAUCCCAAAGAUACUACCGACGUUGAGAAACCUAAGGGAUCCAAACAGGAAGCUCAAGAGGUUCUUGAAACAACUGAUGAAAAUAGCAAACCUGUAGAAGAAACAGCUCCCGAGGAGAAGAAAGAUGUGAUAAAUGCAACAGCCAUUGUUUCUGUUGCAGAAAAGAAAACUACAGAAACGAGACCUUCUACUGAGGAAACUGCAGAGGUUGCCAACAAGGAAGUCGGUGGAGAGAUUUCAUCCCAGGAAGUUAACAACGAGGAACAACAAACUGAUAAAGAGCCAAAAGAAAAACAAACAGUUGAGGAACAACAAACUGAUAAAGAGCCAGAAGAAAAACAAACAGUUGAGGAACAACCACCACAAGAAGAACCAGUAGAACGUCCAGUAGAAGAACAAACAGAGGAAGAAACGUCAGUGGCAAAACAGGCAGAAGAAAACAAUCCAAAAGAACAAGAAACCCAACUAGCGCAAGAACAGAAAUCUCCGGAAGAAGAUUCAGUAGUAAAAGAGCAACCACUAGUAACAAAACAACCAGUAAACGAAAAGUUACCAGAAAAUAUCUCACUAGUAGCACAAAAACGAAGGUUAGAGGAUGAAGAAGAAUCAGUAGAACAUGGAUCUCUAGAAGAAGACCACACGUUAGAAGAAGUAAAACAGUCAGUAGAAGAACAACAAGAAGUAGAACAAAAACCAGAAGAAGAAGAACAGGUAGAACAAAACCCAGAAGAGGAACAACAAGAUAUACAACAAAAUAAAGAUGAAGGUCUACAAGAAGUAGUACAAAAUCCAGAGGAAAACGAACAACAAAAACCAGAAGAACAAAAACUACAAGAAGAAAAACAGCCAGAAGUUGAAAUAACCCCAGAAGUCGUAGUAAAACUGGAAGAAGAAAAACAGACAGAAAUCGAAGUAAACCCAGAAGUCGUAGUAAAACCGGAAGAAGAAAAACAGACAGAAAUCAAAGUAAACCCAGAAGUUGUAGUAAAACCGGAAGAAGAAAAACAGACAGAAAUCGAAGUAAACCCAGAAGUUGUAGUGAAACCGGAAGAAGAAAAACAGACAGAAAUCGAAGUAAAUCCAGAAGUUGUAGUAAAACCGGAAGAAGAAAAACAGACAGAAAUCGAAGUAAAUCCAGAAGUCGUAGUAAAACCGGAAGAAGAAAAACCUGUAGUAGAAGAAAAUCCAGGAGAAGAAGAAGAAGAAGAAGAGACACCAGUGGAAAAACAGCAAGAAUAAUAAUAAAACAAUUAAAUAUGAUAAAAGUGACUACAACACAGCUCUUAACAAAACGUAAUAUAACAUGAUUCCGGUGCAAAGCUGCCCCGAGAAACACUACAAGAUCUACUUUCUGUGUAUUUUUUUCCCCCAGGUUUAUAAUUGUGAUUUAGAAUUGUGUUUGCUGGCUCUGAACAAUAUUGCAAGUGCAUGUCAUUAGUGCAGUGAGUCUCCGCUGGCGGUGUACAGUUAUACACUGUUGGACAAUACUAUAUUUUACACCUCGUUCCGUGUUAUCGUUUCACGUUUUUUGCUUUGCUUAUUUUGUUUGAAAAUUAAAUAAUUCAGUUUAUUUCCCGGUGUUUCUGAACUUAACCAUAGAUUGAAACUUAUCUUAACUUUGAGCCAUUUUACA